AUGACAAACCAGCGGCCUGUGGUUUUCCACAUUGACAAAACAUACCAAUUGAGACAGAAAUUGGGCGAAGGUGCUUAUGGAGUGGUAUGUUCCGCUGUGCAUCGGCCUACGGGAAUCAAGGUUGCAAUCAAGAAGAUCGAGCCCUUUUCGAAAAACCUAGUUUGUUUGCGGACCAUCCGUGAGCUCAAGCUCCUAAACUUCUUCAGCCAGCACGAGAACAUUAUUGGUUUCUACGAUGUUCUCCGGCCUCGAAGUCUCGACACUUUCCAUGAAGUGUACUUGGUGCAAGAAUUUAUGCCCACCGAUUUGCAUAAGCUCAUCUACUCGCAGGUGGUGCUGGACCAGCAUAUCAAGUAUUUUGUCUAUCAGAUAAUCCGAGGGCUUAAGGCCAUCCACAGUGCCAAUGUGAUCCAUCGCGAUUUGAAACCUUCCAACAUCUUGGUCAACUACAACUGCGACGUCAAGAUCUGCGACUUCGGCUUGGCCCGCAUCCACUCGCCGAACCACAAGUACUCGCUGCUUUUUGAGUCCAAACUCACAGAGUACGUAGCAACCAGAUGGUACCGUGCACCCGAAAUCAUGCUUCUGCAGUCGCUGUAUUCUACGGCCAUAGAUCUCUGGUCCGUCGGAUGUAUCAUGGCGGAGAUCUUCCUAUGUCUGCCGCUUUUCCCAGGGAAGGACUAUAAGCACCAGUUGAUGCUCAUUUUCGAGUUCCUCGGCACGCCCACCGCCGAAGAAUUGGACAGUGUCAAACUGCUGAGAGCAAGAGACUACAUCAAGCUGUUGCCGUGUUACGAUGCAGUGCACAUUGCCGAUUACUUUUCCCAUCAUCCUCGCAGAAUCGCAAGGUAUGGAUACGAGCCAAUAAACUCGGCUGGCCUAGACUUGAUGGAAAAAUUGCUCAGCUUCGAUCCGUCCGACAGGCCAGACGCAACCGAGGCAUUAACACACGAAUACUUGGAGGAAUAUCAUGACGAGAACGACGAGCCGGUCUCUGAUACGCUAUUGGUUCCGGAAUUCUUUGAUCUUGAAGAGAAAAAUACCUUGUCCAUGCCUUUCUUGCGGAAACACUUGUAUGACCAAAUCAUGUACAUGACGCGGUGA